CACCAGGCACUCAUUUGAGGCUGAGUGGACCUAGGAGGAGACCCAGGAUCGGUUUGGCUCACGGCCCAACUGAACCCAGGUCGUAGCUGGGCCCGCAGCGCCAACCACUGCGCCACCGCUCCCCACACCUUCCCCUACCCAAGAUGGCGACUGUCUUCCCCCCACCAAAGAUGGCGACAGGUUCGCUCUCCCCCAUACCCAAGAUGGCGACAGGCUAGCUCUCCCCUAUCCAAGAUGGCGAGUCUUCCCCCCUACCCAAGAUGGCGAGUUUCUCUCUCCCCCCUUAUCCAAGAUGGCGACAGUCUCCCCCAUCUAUUCCCCGCCGCCACCUUCAACGUUACACCCAACAUCAGAAUCGCCCCUCAUCGAUUCCCAUCCGAUUCCCACCACCUCCCCUAACGUUACACCAAACGUCCGAAUCGAUUUGUUAUUUAAACUCAACAUGAGAAUCGUUAACAAUUUAAAUCGACCUUCGCCCUCCACCCCCCCCGCCUGAUGGAGGUCGCCGCAGCCCGGGGCGACCCCGCGGGUUGCCCCGGAGGGUCCGGGGCCUCGCCCGGAGGGUCCGGGGCCUCGCCCGGAGGGUCCGGGGCCUCGCCCGGAGGGUCCGGGGCCUCGCCCGGAGUGUCCGGGGCCUCGCCCGGAGGGUCCGGGGCCUCGCCCGGAGGGUCCGGGGCCUCGCCCGGAGUGUCCGGGGCCUCGCCCGGAGGGUCCGGGGCCUCGCCCGGAGGGUCCGGGGCCUCGCCCGGAGGGUCCGGGGCCUCGCCCGGAGUGUCCGGGGCCUCGUCCGGAGUGUCCGGGGCCUCGUCCGGAGUGUCCGGGGCCUCGCCCGGAGGGUCCGGGGCCUCGCCCGGAGUGUCCUGGGCCUCGCCCGGAGGGACCGGGGCCUCGCCCGGAGGGUCCUGGGCCUCGCUCCUCGACUCGCACCGAGGCCGCGACUCGCUCCUGCGGGCCCUGUGCCACGGGGCUCGCCUCGCUGGAGGCCUUCUCCUCGUCCUGCCAGACACUCCACCACCAUCAUCAUCAUCAUCACGAUCAUCAUCACCACCACCACCAUCACGAUCAUCACGAUCAUCAUCACCACCAUCAUUAUCAUCAUCAUCAUCACCACCAGCAUCACCACCACCAUCACCACCAUCACCUCACCACCAUCCUCCUGCUGCUGCUGUUGCUGCUCCGCUCUCGCGGUCCGCCUUGGGCCCCGCGCUGCUGGGGGCCAGCGAGGAGCUGGGCCGAGCCCGCGUGGCCCUCCGCCUGCUGGGCCACGCGGCCACUCUCAGAGAGGCCGCCGCCUACCGCCUGGGACAGCCGCACGAAGACACGCUUGUCCGCGCGCUGUCUGUGCUGUCCCACUGCGUGGACUGCCUGUUCGUCCCCAUGGAGACGGGCGCGUGGGCGGCCGACCUUGGCCUACUUCUCCCCCAGAGCCUCGCGCAGAGACUCUGGGGGCUCAGCGCUGCCGUCUGGGCUAUAGGCCUGGCGCUGGAUCUGGCGCGAUCAGCUCGUAAGUUGGUUCUGUUGUCUCGUGAGCGGCGAGAGAUGGAGAGAGACGGAGACCCAGAGAGCCACGUGCUGGCUCUGCGUGGCCGUGCUCAGGCUGAGUGGAUCCGCGUGGUGGCCGGUGCGGCCGACCUGGCGAGCGCCGUGCACUGGCUGGGUCCCCCGGGUGUGGCCGGCCCCCUGUGGAGCGGCCGGCUCCCCCACUGGGCCCUGGGGGCCCUGGGCUGCGUCUCCUCUGCAGUGAUACUCCACGGACUGCUGGCUCGGGGGGGGGUCUAGCAGCUGGGGGGGUUUAGAGGGCCUCAUUCAUUCCCGGCCAUAUACGAUGCUGCUUAGUUUGUGCACUCACCCACUCACCUACACACUCACCUACACACUCACCUACACACUCACCUACACACAAACCUACACACUCACCCACUCACCUACACUCACCCA